AUGCUGAACUUCUAUCUUCUCUUCAUCAUACUUCACGUCUCUGAAGGAGAGUCAGUACUGCUGCCCUGUUCCUGCACUGAUCUACACUCUACACCUGAUACUUUCAGCUGGAAGAAACACAAAAACAGUUACAGAUAUGAGGAGAUAUAUAGUGAGAGUGAUCAGUACAGAAACAGAGUUCAGCUGUUUAAUAAUCUCUCUCCAGCUAAUCUCUCUCUACUCAUAUCACACCUGACUGAAGAGGAUGAUGGAGGGUACAGAUGUUAUCUUAAACAUGGUGAAUUCAGAGACAUCAGACUCACUAUUAAAGACUGUAUUCUGGUAAACAGAGGAGAAAUACUGAGAAUCACAGCUCAUACAGGAGAGUCAGUACUGCUGCCCUGUUCCUGCACUGAUCUAAACUCCACACCUGAUACAUUCAGCUGGAGGAAAUACAACACAAUCAGUGACAGAUAUGAGGAGAUAUCCAGUGAGAGUGAUCAGUACAGAAACAGAGUUCAGCUGUUUAAUAAUCUCUCUCCAGCUAAUCUCUCUCUACUCAUAUCACACCUGACUGAAGAGGAUGAUGGAGUGUACAGGUGUAAAGUUAAACAUGGUGAAUUAAGAGACAUCAGACUCACUGUUAAAGUUUCAGUUCUGUUCUUUUACUCCAUUUACAGCAAAGAUCACAAGACAAACCUCUUCAACUACUCCAAUCACAGCAUCAUCUCCCAGACCUGGUGCUACACCCAACACACUGCCUCCAGCUGA